AUGAGCUCGUUCUAUACGGGAAGCCAGGCUCUCUCGUUUGCAGUGUUUUUCGCUGGUCUCGAUGUCGGGGUCAAUAUGUUCGGGUUGGCAUGGAAUGGGCAGUACUUCACUGUCGAUAACAUCAAACAUUGGUUCGAUCUGCCUAACUACAAGUUCACAACAAAUCCAGUCGAUUUCCUUGCCGUUGCACUUUUGAGGGAUUGCGUACUGAUUGGUGGUGGUUUGGCAGCAUGGACUUCACCCAGCGGUUUCAGUGAAGUGGCUAGAAAAGCCAAUAUUGUUUUCGCCGUGAUGCUUGUAAUUCUGGCAUUUGCUCCUUCGAAGCUUUUGGCAUUCUACGAAGACGAUAAUCUGAAAUUGGCCGUCGGUGACUGGAUACUUAUGAUUUGGUGUAUUUUCGCUAGUCUAGCUGUUCAGGUGAUAUGGACCAGUGUCUAUACACGAGUCAGUGAACAAGGUUGGACCGCUGCUCCACUGUUCGGUGAAGUCGGCUACGAAGAGCGAAUGCUCGAAGAAGAAGCCGAAAAAGCAGCUAAACAACGAGAAACGUUCGCGUUACUGUUUCGUUUGCUCGGCUACAUGGCAAGAGAGUGGAAAUACUAUGGAAUGGCAUUUUCGUUUCUGUUUUGCUAUUCGCUAAGUCGAGUAUUUAUUCCCUACUAUACUGGCCAGGUUGUAUCAGCCGUUUAUGGUGAACAGGCUUCCUAUGAACGACUUCAUCGUACUGUCGGUAUCAUGGCAAUGCUGUCUCUCGCUUGCGCUGUUUUUGGUGGUCUACGAGGUGGUUCGUUCACUUAUGCUCAUGCCACUAUCGACCGUCAAAUCAGAAAUGAUCUCUUCAGAUCAGUUACCAAGCAGGAAAUCGGAUUUUUUGAUGCUAACAAGACAGGAGAAAUCUGCUCACGGCUUACCUCCGAUUGUCAAACUAUGUCGAAUACCUUGUCACUUUAUAUGAAUGUAUUAACAAGGAAUUUAACCAUGCUGUUCGGUUCUCUGAUUUUCAUGACGACGUUAUCAUGGCGUUUAUCGAUGAUCACCCUUAUCACAGUGCCACUUAUGUUUCUUGUGAACAAAGUCUUUGGUGUUUGGUAUGACAAAUUGUCAGAAGAAACACAGAAUUCUAUUGCACAAGCUAACGACGUUGCUGAGGAAGUGCUUUCUGCUAUUCGAACAGUGAAGAGUUUCGCAUGUGAGAGGUUUGAGGGUCAUAGAUUCCUGGGCUACCUCAACGAGACCUUAGCUAUAGCUACACGUAAGGUCGUUGUGAUUAUCGGUCUUAUUUGGAGUAAUGAGCUACUUCAAAUGGGUGUUCUAACGGCCGUGCUGUGGUACGGUGGUCAUCUUGUCAUUCAAGGAAAGAUCGAGUCAGGGCUUCUCGUUUCCUUCCUAUUGUACCAAUUCCAAUUAGCAGAAAAUCUUCGAGAGCUUGGUGAAGUAUGGAACGGAUUGAUGCAAGCUGUCGGUGCAUCGCGGAAAGUCUUCGAGUUUAUUGACCGCGACCCGAAAGUCAAGAAUCAUGGCAAAUAUGCUCCAGAAAAGCUUGAAGGACGAAUUGAGUUCAAGAAUGUGAAGUUCAGCUAUCCAAUACGACCGGAUCUUCCUAUUAUGGAGGAUCUCACAUUCACCGUGGAACCCGGCGAGGUCGUCGCUUUAGUCGGCCCUUCCGGUGGUGGAAAAUCAAGUUGUAUUGCUAUGCUUGAACAUUUUUACGAACCUACUGGAGGAGAGGUCCUUCUGGAUGGUGUUCCGAUUCGCGAAUAUGACCACAAGUAUCUUCACACCAAGAUUGCACUUGUCGGUCAAGAGCCUGUGUUGUACGCCAGAUCUGUCACGGAAAACAUCGGCUACGGUUUGGAUACCUACAACAAUGAUGACGUGCAAACGUCUGCAAAACUCGCUAAUGCGCACAACUUCAUUAUGGACACAAGUGAUGGAUAUAACACGAACGUUGGUGAGAAAGGGAGUCAGAUGUCAGGUGAGAAAAAGAUAGAUAAAGUUAGUUCUAGCCUCCUGAGCCAUAUAAUACAGGACGUACAAGAAGCCAUUUCGAAGAAUCUCAAAGGCAGGACGGUCAUCCUAAUUGCCCAUCGUCUCAGCACUGUUGAGAAUGCGGAUAAGAUCGUUGUGAUCAAUCAUGGUCGAGUUGAACAGAUUGGAACACAUCAAGAGCUUAUCAGUCAAGAAGGCAUGUACAAGCUGCUCGUACAGCGGCAGAUGAUGGGUGAGUUAACUCGCCGUCUUUCCCGAAUCUCACCUGGACAUAGUGUUUCGCAGUCGUUCCUUGGAACAUCCCUUACCAGCAGCUAUUUAUAG